AUGGGCGACAAGAAGAAGUACAAGAAACAGAAGCUCAUGGAUUCCGAGGCCGAACGUGUGGCCGAGGUGGCCGAAGAAAGCUUGAGGGAGCACCCUCACCCGGAGCAGCCCCAGAAAAUGGAAUUUCACGAUGGAGGCGAGUUCAAAGGUGUAGAGAGACACAACACCACCGCCCAUCUGGCUGAGAAGCUUGAGGAUGGACCCCAAAACCCAUUCACGGGCGAGACUUUCACACAAAAGUACUUCGAUAUUCUCAAAGUCAGAAGAGACUUGCCCGUGCAUGCCCAGAGAGAUGAGUUCUUGAAGACUUUUCAGAGCACCCAGAUCAUGGUCUUUGUGGGUGAGACCGGUUCGGGUAAAACCACGCAGAUCCCCCAAUUUGUUCUUUACGAUGAUAUGCCCCACCUCCAUGGCAAAAUGGUCGCUUGUACGCAACCCAGAAGAGUGGCAGCCAUGUCUGUGGCUAAGAGAGUUGCAGACGAGAUGGAUGUGCAGCUUGGAGAUGAAGUGGGUUACCUGAUCAGAUUCGAGAACAAAACAUCCCCAAAGACCAUGCUUAAGUAUAUGACUGAUGGUAUGCUUUUACGUGAAGCCAUGGAAGACCACGACUUGCUGAGAUACUCGUGCAUUAUGCUAGAUGAGGCUCACGAGCGUACGUUGGCCACCGAUAUCUUGAUGGGACUCUUGAAACAGGUCACCACCCGUAGACCUGAUCUUAAGCUUAUCAUCAUGUCUGCUACUUUGGAUGCGGAGAAGUUCCAGCAAUACUUCCACAACGCCCCUCUUCUUGCCGUUCCUGGUCGUACCCAUCCUGUGGAGAUCUACUACACACCAGAAUACCAAAAGGACUACUUGGAUGCUGCCAUCAGAACAGUUUUGCAGAUCCAUGCCACGGAAGAUGAAGGUGAUGUUCUUCUAUUCUUGACCGGUGAGGAAGAGAUUGAGGACGCAUGCAGAAAGAUUCAACUUGAGGGUGACGAGCUUAUCAGAGAACAGGGCUGUGGCCCCAUCAAGGUGUACCCAUUGUACGGUUCAUUGCCCCCACACCAGCAGCAAAAGAUUUUCGAGCCUGCUCCAGAAAACCACAAGCCUGGUGGAAGACCUGGCAGAAAGAUUAUUGUUUCCACAAACAUUGCUGAAACCUCGCUUACCAUCGACGGUAUCGUUUACGUUGUUGACCCCGGUUUCUCCAAGCAAAAGGUGUACAACCCUCGUAUCAGAGUGGAGUCUUUGCUUGUGUCCCCAAUUUCCAAGGCUUCGGCCCAACAGAGAGCUGGUCGUGCUGGUCGUACGCGGCCCGGUAAGUGCUUCAGAUUGUACACUGAAGAAGCUUUCAAGAAGGAGUUGAUUGAACAAUCUUACCCAGAAAUCUUGCGUUCCAACUUGGCCUCGACGGUGCUUGAACUCAAGAAAUUGGGUGUUGAUGAUUUAGUUCACUUUGACUUCAUGGAUCCACCUGCCCCUGAGACAAUGAUGCGUGCUCUUGAGGAGCUCAACUAUCUUCAGUGUCUCUCUGACGAGGGUGACUUGACAGCGUUGGGCCGUCUCGCAUCCAACUUCCCACUUGACCCUAUGUUGGCUGUCAUGUUGAUCGGAUCGCCUGCUUUCAAGUGUUCCGAGGAGAUUCUCUCCAUUGUGGCACUCUUGUCUGUUCCAAACGUCUUUGUUCGUCCCGCCUCUGCCAGAAAAAGAGCCGACGAGAUCAAGAUGUCCUUCGCCCAUGCCGACGGUGACCACUUGACUUUGCUCAAUGUCUACGAGGCCUUCAACUCCGAUGAGGCCUACGAGAUUGGCUUACAUCAAUGGUGCAGAGACAACUUCUUGUCCUACCGUUCCCUUACAUCCGCCAACAAUGUUCGCUCCCAAUUGCGUCGUCUUAUGGAGCGUUACGACCUCGAACUCAACCUGACGCCGUUUGAGGACCGUAGUUACUGGGACAAUAUCAGAAAGGCGCUUGUGGCUGGUUUCUUCAUGCAAGUUGCGAAGAAGAAGAGCGGUAACAAGGGCUUUAUUACGGUCAAGGACAAUCAGGAUGUUUUGAUUCAUCCCAGUACUGUGCUUGCAAAGGAGAACGAGUGGGUCAUUUACAACGAGUUUGUGCUUACGUCAAAGAACUACAUUCGUACCGUGACGAACGUGCGUCCGGAAUGGUUGGUGGAGUUGGCACCCAAGUACUACAACUUGGAGCACUUUUCUCGCGGUGACGUUAAGCUUUCGCUAGAGAGAAUUAUCGGCAAGAGAUAA